AUUACUUUAGAAGAUCGACGAUAAUUAUCCAUCACGUCACUCCCCUCCCUUAAUUUUCACGCUUCUCUCAUUCAAAUCCGCCGGCGUAGAAAGACGUUGCUUUAACUGAGUCGACUUGCACUGGAUUGUCGGUGAGUUAUUCACCGAGUUAUUUUUUUCAAGGUGGAGAAAACAAAGAAAAAAGAGGCGUUAACGCUGGUGGUAAUGAGAGGAACCUUGUUGGCUAACCGUCGCGGGAUACAGAGAUUCCGGCAACUUGCGACCACAGCCGUUAAAUCGUCGAAGAUCAAGCUCCUUCUCUUUUGUUGCAUCGCGUUUACGCUAGUCGUGGUUGCUACCCGCGCGUCCGAUUUUAUGGGAUGGACCAAUCACAGCGAUUCUGUUGAUCAGUUCCUUCCUCCAGGGAAAGGAUAUGCUAUUGUAAUGAACACUUGGAAGAGAUAUGAUCUGUUGAAGCAAUCCAUUUCUCAUUAUGCAUCAUGUUCAGGACUUGAAUCUAUACAUAUUGUGUGGAGUGAGCCCAAUCCUCCUUCAGAUUCUCUUUCUACAUUUUUAAACCAUGUCAUAGAGUCAAAAACUAGAGGGCUGAAGAAAGUUGAAUUGAGUUUUGAUAUCAACAAGGAAGACAGUCUGAACAAUAGAUUCAAAGAAAUACCAGGAUUGAAGACAGAUGCUGUUUUUUCAAUCGAUGAUGAUGUUAUAUUUCCUUGCUCCUCAGUGGAGUUUGCUUUCAAGGUUUGGCAAAGUGCCCCAGAUGCAAUGGUGGGCUUUGUUCCUCGUGCCCAUUGGGUUGAUAAAACGCUAGGGAAAACAGAUUACUAUACAUAUGGUGGAUGGUGGUCUGUUUGGUGGACAGGCACUUACAGCAUGGUACUAUCAAAGGCAGCCUUUUUCCACAAGAAGUAUCUUAGGAUGUACACCAAUGAGAUGCCAAAGUCAAUCAAAGAAUUUGUGACUAAGAAUAGAAAUUGUGAAGAUAUUGCGAUGUCUUUUCUUGUUGCUAAUGCAACUGGUGCUCCCCCUAUAUGGGUGAAAGGUAAAAUAUUUGAGAUUGGUUCGACUGGAAUUAGUAGCUUGGGUGGACACGGUGAAAGAAGAACGAGAUGCAUCAAUAGAUUUGCUGCUGAGUUUGGGCGAAUGCCCCUGGUACCCACUACUGCUAAGGCUGUUGACAGCCGUAAUACCUGGUUUUGGUGAAUGCUUGAGUUUCAUUUCUAUAUUUCAAUGUUUCUUUGGCAUUCCUUCCAAUGAUUCCAAUUCUUUUUAUCUCGACUUGUACAAUAUACUCUAUAUUAUACCUUAUCGGUCUCUCUCUCGCUGAGAUAGAAGCCUCAUCAGCAUGACGGCCACCAUAACGUUUAUUUGUAUUCUUACCAUGUAAUGUAACCACUAGGAACUUGCCGUGCAGAAAUUUACCCUUUUGUCUUCUGAUGCUGUAAUCUUGGUUUCUGGAAUUUGGUUUUGAAUUGGGCGCCAUUUCUGUAA